AUGAGUGGCCCACAACGAAAAGACCUUGCAUGGAAUUAUGCAAUUUCAAUGGAAGUGCUGGCAAAAGGUGCAAAUAAAGGAUACAAAUAUUUGAAGUGUACAUUUUGUAGCAAGGAAAUCAGUGGGGGAGUUAAGAGAGUCAAUGAUCAUUUGGGUUGCAAUCACAAGAACGUGGCUCCCUGUUCACGCGUACCUGAUGACUUUAAGAACUCGAUGAAAGAAUAUUUGAGAACAUUUGAGGAAUCAAAACACACCAAACAGCGAGAAUUCGAUGAUGCGGUUGAUGGUGGAGCCUAUUUUGGUGUUGAUCUGCCGUUCCCAGCCAACGUGGAGAGAGGUAUCAGAGGCCCUAUGGAUCGAUUUAUUGCUAAUGAGUUAGAAGAUGGCAAAGUAGUCCCUCCAAGUGCAACGGCUAAAGAGCAUCGUAGUCGAGUUUAUCUAGAUAUUGGGAGGUUCUUAUUUGAGAACGCAAUCCCAUUUAAUUGCAUUAGAAGUCCAUCAUUCAUUAGUAUGGUGCGCUCAAUUGGGGGUUACGGUCGAGGGUUGAAGCCUCCAUCAAUGCAUGAGAUGAGAACUUGGAUCCUCAAAGAAGAAGUAAAGACGACAUCUGCCAUUGUCGAUGAGAUCAAAGCAACUUGGAAGCACACGGGAAAAUUGUUUGAGUUACUUGAUGAAGUUGUUGAAGAAAUCGGAGAGGAGCAUGUUGUGCAGGUGAUAACAGAUAAUGGAGCCGCAUACAAAGCAGCCGAGCGUUUGUUAAUGGAUAAGAGGACUAGCUUAUACUGGACUCCGUGUGCAGCCCACUGCAUUGAUCUAAUGCUUGAAAAGAUCGGUGAACUGCCACAGCACAAGAAUGCUUUACUUAAAGCAAAGAGGGUGACUAAUUACAUCCACAACCAUCAGUGGAUUUUGAGCUUAACAAGAAAGUUUGCUAAGAAAGAUCUUCUCCGACCAGCUGCCACUCAAUUCGCGACUGCCUAUCUUACAUUGGAGAGCAUGUAUGAGUUGAAACAGCCGCUGGAGCAGAUGUUCGUUUCGAGAGAUUGGAUAGGAUGUGCGUGGGCAAAAAAGGAUGAGGGAAAGGCUGUGAGAAAAAUUAUCAUGAGUGAUAAUUCAUUUUGGGCUAGUGUGGUUUACUCUAUUAAGACCACAAAGCCUCUUGUGGAUGUGUUGAGAGUGGUUGACGGUGAAAGGGCACCGGUAAUGGGAUUUAUCUACGCUGCUAUGGACGAAGCCAAAGAAAAGAUAGCCAAGAAUUUGAAUGACGAAGUAGGUGCCUACAAGGAGAUUUGGAAUAUCAUCGAUGAUAAGUGGGAGAAGCAAUUGCACCGUGACCUUCACGCAACUGCUUAUUAUUUGAACCCGCAAUUUAGAUGGGGUGAGAAUGUUUCCGAGCAUGCGGAGAUUAAAAAGGGGUUGUUUAAUUGUAUGGAGAGGAUGAUCAAGGAUAACGACACUUAUUUGAAGGUCGAUGUCCAACUUGACGAGUACAAAAAUAAAAGAGAGCUAUUUGGCUCGAGAGCAUCUAUGUCAACAUACACAUCUCGUGCACCUGUUGAUUGGUGGGAACAUUUUGGAGAUGAAGUUCCCCAUCUCAAAGCACAAAGAGAAUUCUUGGGCUUACUUGCUCGGCCUCAGCUUGUGAACAGGCAAUUAAGAAAGGAAAAGGACGAUCCUUUGGUUGUUGAAGACGUAGCUUCCGAUGAUGAGUGGAUAGCCAAUCCAAAUGACGAAAAUGAUAUUGAUGUUGAUGAUGCUAACUCUGAUGAAAUUGAGGCAGAUCAUAUGGAUGAGGGGACAAGUUCUUCCAUACCAAGAAAGAGAGGAAGAAGUGAAGUAUCAAAGAAAGGAAAAGGAAAAGAGGUUGAGCAUAGACUUGUGGAUGAGGACCUGGAUGAGGAUGAUGAAAGUGCAGGAGAUGAUUAUAAUUAA